AAAACCGGAAACUUCAGCUUCAGAUCUUUGAACUGCAAAUAUCUGUAAGGGAGACAGAACUGCCACAGAAAAAGAGAACACAGUGGACUCUGAACAGUAACGCUUUUAACUGGAAAGCCAUGAUGAAGGAACCAAUCUGUCUGAUUGAAAACUCUGAUUCAGGAGAGCUACACACAAACCAGGAAGCCCUGGAUAUUUUAGCCAACAUUAACCAGGCAGUGGUUGUGGUAUCCAUUGUUGGACUGUACCGCACUGGGAAAUCUUAUCUCAUGAAUAAACUAGCUGGCAAAAUGAAAGGCUUCUCCCUAGGUUCCACUGUCCAGUCACAUACUAAAGGGAUUUGGAUGUGGUGUGUGCCCCACCCUACAAAGCAUGAUCACACUCUUGUUCUGCUGGACACUGAGGGGCUUGGAGAUGUAGAGAAGGGAGAUCAAAAGAAUGAUUGCUGGAUUUUUUGUCUGGCUGUCCUGCUAAGCAGCACCUUUGUGUAUAACAGUAUGGGCACCAUUGACCAGACUGCAGUGGAGAGGCUACAUUAUAUUACUGAGCUGUCAGAACGAAUAAAGAUAAAAACUAACAGUGAAGACGAUUCUUCUGACUUUUCCCGAUUCUUCCCUGCAUUUGUUUGGACUGUGCGUGACUUCACCCUACAGCUAGAAAUUGAUGGACAGCCUGUCACUGAGGAUCAGUAUCUGGAUAAUGCCCUGCAGUUAAAGAAAGAUGUUAAAGGACAAACUCCCAGUGAUACUAUCAAUGGAAAUAGAUGUGUCCAAGAAGAAGACUUUUGA